CAGCAGCAGCCGAGCAGAGCAAUCUUCUUCUUCCAUCCCUGAUCCCUCCCUCGUCGAUGGCCAAGAUCCAGCCCCUUGCUUCCUCUCCCUGCUCCACUUCUUCCUCCGGAGUUCAACAGGGCACGCACGCAUACACGGUGUGGAUGAAGUCGCUGGUGUUCAACGGCAACGGCUGCGCGGUGUACGGCCCCGACGGCGCCAUCGCCUUCCGCGUCGACAACUACGGCUGCAGGGGAGGCCGCGAGGUGCUCUUCAUGGACUGCGCCGGGAACGCCCUCCUCAGGAUCAGACGCAAAGGCUUCGGCAUGUUCAGGAGGUGGGAGGUCUGCCGAUGUGCCCACGACGGAGGCGAGGGGGGCGAGGCGACUCCUUGGUACAGCGUGCGCCGGGCCGAGAAGGGCGGGUUGGCGGUGGCGAUGCACGGCGGCCUGGGGACGUGCUACAUGAUCGACGGGUGCUGUGCGCGCAAGCCGGAGUACCGAGUCUGCGGCGUGGAUGGCGAGGUCGUGGCGGAGGUGGCGCGGAAGCAGACGGCCGCCGGUGUGGUGCUCGGGGACGACGUGCUGACGCUGACGGUGGGGCUGGAGGUGGACCACCUCCUCGUCUUGGGCUUGGUCGUCGUGCAUGGCCUCAUCAACCGCUCCAUGUGAAUGUGAUGGAUGCACGCAACGGGUGCUGGUUCUCCUAACUAAUAUAUCGAUUUUGUACUAGCUAGUUUAGACUCACAAGAAAUACUCCCUCUCUUUCAUAAUAUAAAAGUGUUUUUAUACUAGUAUAGAGUCGAAAAUGCUUUUAUAUUAUGAAACAGAGAAACUAUUUAGAAACCUUUUGGGGAACAUUUUUCGUCAAAUUGAGGAC